AUGGUGAUGCAGAGAAGAAGCGCGCGCCCAUUAACGACCGGUUUUUUCAAUUUGAACUACGGCCGGAUGGGACUGGUCUCCGGUCGGGCCGGGUUUCACCGGUCCGUUUGAAAGAAACGUCACAUUCAUCGUCUUGUAUCGAAUCUGUUCAUUAUCUAUAACAGUCGGAGAAGCAGCAGCGCCGGUGCCUCUGCCUCUGCCUCUGCAGCUGCAAUGGGUUGUCUACUCGGCGCAUCGAGUCUUGGAAUCUCUUUGAAUGUAAUUCCAGAAGCGGCGGUUCCGUCCAGGCUGUUUUUCCGAGGAAGGAUGUUCAGAAGACGCUUCAGAGCUUCAGUAUCAUCCCCGCCGUCGUCCGCAGAAUCAAUUCGAGUGCGGUUCGCGCCUUCCCCAACCGGUAAUCUUCACGUAGGUGGCGCGCGUACCGCCCUCUUCAACUACUUGUUCGCCAGGUCCCGAGGCGGCAGAUUUGUGCUUCGAAUUGAAGACACCGACUUAGAAAGGUCGACGAAGGAGUCUGAAGAUGCCUUGCUUCGGGAUCUUUCCUGGCUUGGUUUCGAUUGGGAUGAAGGUCCUGAUGUUGGUGGGAAAUAUGGUCCUUACCGCCAGUCUGAAAGAAAUGACCUCUACAAGCAGUAUGCUGAUAAACUGCUGCAAAGUGGUCAUGUUUACCGCUGUUUUUGCUCGAACGAGGAGCUGGAAAAGAUGAAAGAAAUUGCCAAAAUGAAGCAACUGCCUCCUGUCUACUCUGGCAAGUGGGCCAGUGCCUCAGAUUUGGAAGUAGAAGAGGAGUUAUCAAAGGGAACACCAUAUACUUAUCGGUUUAGAGUUCCAAAGACUGGAAGUUUGAGUAUCAGUGAUCUCAUUCGUGGUGAGGUAAGUUGGAAUUUGGACACACUUGGAGAUUUUGUAAUCAUGAGAAGUAAUGGACAACCAGUUUACAAUUUCUGUGUAACGGUUGACGAUGCCACUAUGGCUAUUUCACAUGUUAUAAGAGCAGAGGAACACUUGCCAAAUACUCUGAGGCAGGCUUUAAUAUACAAGGCUCUGGGCUUUCCAAUGCCUAGAUUUGCACAUGUUUCUUUGAUUCUUGCACCUGAUAGAAGCAAACUUUCAAAACGACACGGGGCAACUUCAGUGGGCCAGUUCAAAGAGAUGGGAUUCCUUCCUCAAGCAUUGAUGAAUUAUCUUGCAUUGUUGGGUUGGGGUGAUGGUACUGAGAAUGAAUUUUUUACACUUGAAGAACUUGUUUCGAAGUUUACAAUUGAGCGUGUUAAUAAAACUGGAGCUGUUUUUGAUUCUACCAAGUUAAGGUGGAUGAAUGGCCAAUAUUUGAGAUCUCUUCCGCCCGAAAAUCUAACAGAAAUGAUUGGUAACCGCUGGAAGAGCACUGGUGUGGUCACUGAGUCGGGAGGGAGCUUCAUAGAGGAGGCUGUCCAUCUACUAAAGGAUGGGAUUGAUGUGAUAACAGAUGCGGACAAAGCUAUCUCAAACCUAUUGUCUUAUCCUUUACACACAACACUCACUAGUCCUGAAGGUAAAGCUAUAUUAGAAGAUAAGCUGUCAGAAGUUGCUGCAUAUUUACUUGCUGCUUACGAUAGUGGCGAGUUUAUUAGUGCCCUUGAGGAAGGUAGCGCUGGAUGGCAGAAAUGGGUGAAAAGCUUCGGCAAAGCACAGAAACGCAAGGGAAAAUCUCUGUUCAUGCCACUUCGAGUUUUGCUGACUGGAAAACUCCACGGUCCUGAAAUGGGAGAGAGUUUGCUUCUGAUCUAUAAAGCUGGAAAAUGUGAUGCCAUAGCAGCACAUCACACUGGGUUUGUGCCAUUGGAUGAGAGGUUCAAAAUUCUCGGGGAAUUGGAUUGGGAAUCCCUUGACAAAGGUGAUGUUUCUCCGAAGGAGUCGGCCACUGCUGUGGCCGGCAGCAUACCUAGUUGAGAUCAACCUCCGGUUUUCUAUAUCUAUUUCGACUCAGUUUUGGUUUGGUAGGAAGCAGUAUGAGAUGAAUCCCCUAUAUCAUUUGCUUGGGUGCCGACAUACUUUGGUGUGUUUGCAUCCAGGCUUGUGUUAUUCGAUUCGGUGAUGAUUCGUGGGCUCGGCUAGUAUCAAAUUCUAGAGAUUCUAAUCCAAGGCUUGGUUGAAUAAUUUCCCUACAUCUCUUGAGGUAUACAAGUAUUGGCUUUCAUUUCAUUAUAAUAAAUAUUUUAUGAAUUGUUACCGAGUAUUCUUUUGGACGAAGAGUUACAAAUUGUCCAAGGGAAAAUAUUGAGAAGUUGAAAUUUUGUUGGAUGGAGAGUUUUGUGGACGGCAGAUGAGAAGAUAAUGGGUGUGGUGUGUUUCGUAUGUUUGAUUUUAUUAUGCUAUGAAAUAAUGAGAUUGUGUACAUGGAAAAUAAAUUAUGGAGGAUGUGUUUGAUUUGUAA